ACGACAACUGGCAUGAGAUUCCCGACCCGAUCCAAACAGCUCUGGAGUGGCAAGGUGCGGCCCGAACCAAGCCAGGGGUUCAUCCAUCAAAAGCUGACCGACCUCAACUCAACAAUCAGCAACCUCCACUCUCCGCAGAUAAUGGAAUUUUAAAUUUACAGUACACGCUACCACGACGUACUGAAGUCCUUCUCUACCACCCUCCCACAUUACCUCCCAAAACCCACUUAGUAUGGCAUCAACAACAGCACAGCGCAGACUCCUCCAGGAAUACCGCGCCCUUACUAAUAACCCCCCAGAAGGCAUUACAGCCGGCCCAGUAUCAGAAGACGACUUGCUCUACUGGGAAGCACUGAUCCAAGGACCAGAGGGCACACCAUUCGAAGGCGGCGUAUUCCCCGCCGAGUUGAAGUUCCCCAAAGAUUAUCCGCUCGCGCCACCGAGCAUGCGAUUCCUAGGGGAGGUGUGGCAUCCAAACGGUGCGUUGCGUGUCUCCUGCUAUCGCAUCCAUUCCAAUUCCAUCCUCCUGCCCCGAUUACCCCCUACUAUGAAAAAGGAAAAAAGGUACAUACUGACACUAUACUACUUCUCUGCAGUCUACCCCAGCGGUCUCGUCUGCAUCAGCAUCCUACACCCACCAGGAGACGACCCAAACCACUACGAGCACGCCUCCGAGCGAUGGUCGCCUAUCCAGAGCGUCGAGAAGAUCCUUAUCUCAGUGAUGAGCAUGCUAGCGGAGCCGAACGACGAGAGUCCUGCGAAUGUGGAGGCUGCGAAGAUGUGGAGGGAGCAGAGGCCCGAGUAUGAGAAGAGGGUUAGGGAUGGGUGUAGGAGGAUGUUAGGGCUGUGAGAGUUAGUUGAGGUGGGAAACUUGGAAGGGACCGGAUUGCCUGGGAGUGAAUGGAUUGUUAGAUAGAGACGUUAUACGCAGUUAGAGAGAUGGAUGACUAUAGAGACUAGGGAGGGACAGGCGCUGAGCGGUUGUUACGCAUGGCAUGUAUAAAUCAGAUGCGCUCUGAAACUAGGGCGUCGGUGAGUCGCGGACUUGCCUGUCUAUCUGCCUGCUUUGUAUCUGCCUAGCUGCGCAGAUGAAGUGAUGCCUAGUUAGAGGCAGAAAGGCAGCUAGGUAAGUAGGCAAGUCAGCGCGUUGGGUCGGCGAUGAAUGAUAUCCACAGGGGAGAAAUACGAGUCGAUUCAGACUAGUCAAUACAUCGAUAAACACUCUUAACAUGAUCGAGACUCCACAAUGAAACCCGGACUCUAUAAUGGAACUCAAGAUUCAUGUAUCGCCCUGAAUAAU